GAGAUAAAGCUGAUUGUGCCGCGAUAACACGUCGCCGGAGAGAGUCGGAAGAAAACUGGUGACGUUCCCAGGAAUGUAGCAGACUUUCCGGAAUUCUGAAGAUUGUGAUAAUGAUUGCAUACCUUGCUGGAUUUGAGCCUUUUCUUUUUAAUGCUCUUUAUUAAGUUUGCUGAUCAAACUAAUUGUCUAAGACAACAAGUGCAGCUUAGUAAAAUAUGUGUUAAAAGUGAACUCUAGUUAUGCGUGAAAAAUGAAUUGAAUCAAAAUAUAUUUGUAUUGCAAAGUGUUAUUUAUUAAGUGUUAUUUUAAUAAUCGUUGAAACUAUUUCAAAUAUGGAAAAAGACCAACUAAUAAAAGAUGUUGAAUUUAACCAAAUAAGUCAAUUGUAUGAAGAAUGUUUGACUUAUUUACAAUCGAACAUUAAGCACGGUCCCAGUGACAUUAAAGAACUCAAUUUGGAUCUCGAAGAACAUAUAUCGAAUGAGGAUGACGAUGGUAUAAUAUACGAAACUAUACAAGAUAAUAAAAUACUUAAUGGGUUUAUAGAAUCGUCUAAGCCUGAGUUCAUAGUUGAAAAUGAAUUAAACAAUGAAAAAUCGGAGAGUGUCAACUCAGUAAGAUCAGAAAUUAAGUCGGAGCGACUCAGAAAGCUCUCACAAACUUUACCAAGAAUAAUAAUUACUCAGAGCAAUGCAAGUUUAAAUGUCAAUAAGAACAAGAAAGUGGUUUAUGAAUUUCAGAAGCCCAAAGUACCUAGUAUUGCUAAGAAACAACCAAUAGUGCAAAACAAUUUCGUCAAAAAUCCACCGCCACUCCGUAACCGUUCAGCUUACGGUGACUUCCCCAAGAGAUUAGUAUCUAAAGGUGGAGGCGAGAACGUGGCCCUCAUCUCUAAUGUCCCGUUUGAGAAGAUUCGACUAUUGAAUGACACAUUUCAUACUCUGAUCAAUCUUCGUUGGCGUUGGAUUGUAAUCGGUACGGUGGUUGUCCACUUCACCAUGUGGGCGGUGUUCGCCCUGUUCUGGUACAUCACGGCGCUGGCACAUUACGACUUCGAACCAGACCCUCCUAACAGGCCCUGUAUCACGGGGGGAAAGGACUUUAUCACAAUCUUCUUGGCUUCUGUUGAGGCUCAGACAACAAUCGGUUUUGGAGAUCGUGCCAUAGAUGAAGAAUGUCCAGAAUCCAUAUUCCUGUUUAUAAUUCAGUUAAUCCUAGGUACCGGUCUGUCUGGAGUUCUAACUUGCGUCGUCUACGCCAAACUCACACGGCCAGAGAAGCUCUCCAGAGAUGGCGUUGGCUUCAGCAAAAAAGCUGUGAUCAGCAUCCGCGAUGGGCGCCUCUGUCUGAUGAUGCGAGCUUGGGAUCUCAACUACGACCACAUCAUCAGCUCCGAGUUUACCGCCCACUUUAUCAACACAUACAGAACAAAAGAAGGGGAGAUAAUCCGAUACUACGCGCGCAGUUUGACCCUGAAGCAUCGGCAGUUCCUGCUGUGGCCGGUGACGCUCGUGCACGAGAUCGAUGAGGACAGUCCUCUUUACCGAUACACGCCGGACGACAUUAGAAACAUUAGUUUUGAAAUAACGGUUGGGCUGAAAGGGGCGUCCGCUUCCUUGGGCACUUUUACACAGAGCCAGACUUCUUACAUGCCCAGAGAGGUUAUUUGGGGACAUCGGUUUCCUUCUGUUGUCAAAUACAACAUUCGCAAGCAGAAAUACGCGAUAGACCACACAAAGCUGGACACCAUCGAGCCGGUAGAAACACCGCUUUGCAGCGCUUGUGAGUUUUACAAAACAAUGAAGUCUAAGUCACCACCCCCCUCGCCCCGCACCCCCGGCACGCCCGGCACCCCCGGCAGCUUCAGCGACCAGCUUUCGGGAUUUCAACUCUCUCGCUCCUCUUCAUUCCGCAAGAAGAAACUUACCGAUCACAAAUCAAUGCCUAAUUUUCUAAAGGCUUGAGGAUACAACUUAAGUGGAUUCCAAAAAAAAUGGGACAGUUUUUAUUUCGUAGCCGAAUCAACUCAUCUCCUAGUAGUCAUGAUUCUAAGUAGGAACACCUACCCUAACAUUUCGUGAACAGUUUUCUUGAACAAGAACACCUGACCUACAAUGAUUUCUUAAAACACUUUUUUACCAAUUAACAUUUUUGAAAAUAUAUUUCUCCCAUUUUUCUGGAAUACAAAUUACGUCAACUGUAAAACAUCCAAUCAUUACCUCACUCGUUGUAUAUUGGCAAAGACCCAUUUUUUGCCUAUUAACAUCUCAAGAGGCAUUGUUUAGUACAGCACAUAUGUUGUUAAACUAUACUUCAUAAACGUUAAGUUAUUUCGUGGUUAUAAUAUUAAAAUAGUACAUUAGAAGAUAUUAUAUAUUCACUCAAUAA